CUCACACUCUCUUGUCCUCGAUGUGUUUGUGUCCCUUUUUCUCUUUUUAUGUGUGUCUCUGUCUCAGGCCAAGUACGUGAUCGUGGCCACCCCUCCCGGUCUGAACCUGAAGAUGCACUUUAACCCCGAACUGCCGCCGCUGAGGAACCAGCUGAUCCACCGCGUCCCCAUGGGCUCCGUCAUCAAGUGCAUGGUCUACUACAAAGAGAACUUCUGGAGGAAAAAGGGUUACUGUGGCAGUAUGGUGAUUGAGGAGGAAGGCGCUCCCAUUGGUCUGACGCUGGAUGACACAAAGCCUGAUGGGAGUGUACCGGCCAUCAUGGGAUUCAUCCUCGCCCGCAAGUGCAGAAAGCUAACGACGCUGACCAAAGAGGAGAGGCUGAAGAAGAUCUGUGAGAUCUACUCCAGAGUGCUGGGCUCCGAAGAGGCUCUGCAUCCGGUGCACUACGAGGAGAAGAACUGGUGUGAAGAGGAGUACUCCGGAGGCUGCUACACGGCCUACUUUCCCCCGGGAGUCCUCACCCAGUAUGGAAGGGUGCUGAGGGAGCCGGUCGGCAGGUUGUACUUUGCGGGCACAGAGACGGCCACAGAGUGGAGCGGCUACAUGGAGGGAGCAGUGCAGGCCGGAGAGAGAGCAGCCAGAGAGGUCUUGUGUGCAAUGAAUAAAAUCCCCCCGAGUCAGAUCUGGCAGACGGAGCCCGAGUCGAUG